UGGGGGGGGAGUGAAAACUGGAGCUGCGUUUCCCCCCCCCACCCCGCCCCGCGCUUCCACCCCCCCCCGGCUCUGGGCGAGCCAGACACGGUUUGCCCAGUGCAGAGAGAGGGGCUCCGUGUUCCGCCUCCGUGGAGUAUUUGGGAUUGGAGAGAGUGACACACACACGCACACACACACACACACGCACACGGAGACCAUCUGCAGUGUCAAUGCGGCGCCUGCUCUGAAGACUGAAGUGGGGGGAAAGGAGAAGAGAAAAAAAAAUAAUAUAUAUAUAUAUACACCAAAACCCACCCAAAGCAAGCGAGGAGCACUGCCAGGACGAAAUCUGCCGGGGAAUUGGUGUUUUGAAGAAUUUUACUGCUUUUAAUCCUGUUCCUUUGGGAAUACAAACCUCUCUGAUCAUGUCACCGGCCAUGUGGAAAUGGACUUGCCUGGUUUCUCACCUCCUGCUGUCCACCACAGUGUCACCUCUUGCCAGACAGCAGCCACUCCAUCCAAAGAGGCCCUUCCUCACUUUCACUGGAGAACAAGCAGAGGGAAACUUCAACCACUUGGUGGUGGACGAAAGAACUGGGCACAUUUACUUGGGGGCCGUCAACAGGAUCUACAAACUCUCCAGUGACCUGAAGGUGCUGGUGACCCACGAGACUGGUCCUGAUGAUGACAAUCCCAAGUGUUAUCCACCCAGGAUAGUCCAAACCUGCAACGAACCCUUGACACCCACCAACAACAUAAACAAAAUGCUCCUCAUAGACUACAAGGAGAAUCGGUUGAUAGCCUGUGGGAGUCUGUACCAGGGCAUCUGCAAGCUGCUGAGGCUGGAUGACCUCUUCAAGCUCGGGGAGCCCUUCCACAAGAAGGAGCAUUAUCUCUCUGGGGUGAACGAGAGUGGCUCUGUUUUUGGAGUCAUUGUUUCUUACAGCAACAUGGAUGACAAGCUGUUCAUCGCCACUGCCGUGGAUGGGAAACCGGAGUAUUUCCCCACUAUUUCCAGCAGGAAGCUCACCAAGAACUCCGAGGCGGAUGGGAUGUUUGCAUAUGUCUUUCAUGAUGAGUUUGUGGCCUCUAUGAUCAAGAUCCCCUCAGACACCUUUACCAUCAUCCCUGACUUCGAUAUCUACUACAUUUAUGGCUUCAGCAGCGGGAACUUUGUCUACUUCCUGACUCUGCAGCCUGAGAUGAUCUCGCCACCCGGCUCCACCACGAAGGAGCAGGUUUAUACCUCCAAGCUGGUCCGGCUUUGUAAGGAGGACACAGCCUUUAAUUCCUAUGUGGAGGUGCCCAUUGGCUGUGAGAAGAAUGGGGUGGAAUACAGAUUGCUCCAGGCAGCCUACUUGUCUAAGGCUGGGGCCAUCUUAGCCAGGUCCUUGGAGGUUAGCCCUGAGGAUGAUAUCCUCUUCACAGUCUUCUCCAAGGGGCAGAAAAGGAAGAUGAAGUCCUUGGAUGAGUCUGCUCUUUGCAUCUUUGUCCUGAAAAAGAUCAACGACCGCAUCAAGGACAGACUGCAGUCCUGCUACAGGGGAGAGGGGACGUUAGAUCUGGCCUGGCUCAAAGUCAAGGACAUUCCCUGUAGCAGUGCGCUGUUAACAAUCGAUGACAAUUUCUGUGGCCUGGACAUGAAUGCCCCCUUGGGAGUAUCAUCCAUGGUGAGAGGGCUCCCCAUUUUCACUGAGGACGGAGACAGGAUGACAUCCGUGAUUGCCUACGUCUACAAGAACCACUCCCUGGCUUUUGUGGGCACCAAGAGUGGGAAGCUCAAAAAGAUCCGUGUGGACGGCACCACCAAGAACACCCUGGAGUACGAGAUCGUGCAGGUGGUGGACACUGGCCCCAUCCUGAGGGACAUGGCCUUCUCAGUGGACCACGAGCACCUCUACAUCAUGUCUGAGAAGCAGCUCACCCGGGUGCCCGUGGAGUCGUGUAGCCAGUAUGAGACCUGCAGCGAGUGCUUGGGCUCAGGAGACCCUCACUGUGGAUGGUGUGUCCUUCACAACACGUGCACGAGGAAGGAGCGGUGCGAGCGCUCCAGCGAGCCACGGAGAUUUGCCUCGGAGAUGAAGCAGUGCGUCCGGCUCACCGUGCAUCCCAACAACAUCUCCGUGUCCCAGUACAACGUUUUGCUGGUCUUGGAGACCUACAACGUCCCCGAGCUGUCAGCAGGAGUCAACUGCACCUUCGAGGACCUUUCAGAGAUGGAUGGCCUGGUGGUGGGCAGUCAGAUCCAGUGCAUCUCACCAGCUGCCAAAGAGGUGCCCCAGAUCAUCACAGAGAACGGAGACCACCACAUUGUGCAGCUUCAGCUCAAGUCCAAGGAAACGGGUAUGACCUUUGCCAGCACCAGCUUCGUCUUCUACAACUGCAGCGUCCACAACUCGUGUCUGUCAUGCGUGGAGAGCCCCUACAGGUGUCACUGGUGCAAGUACCGCCACGUGUGCACCCACGACCCCAGCUCCUGCUCCUUCCAGGAGGGACGAGUCAAGAUGCCUGAGGACUGUCCCCAGCUGCUGCAGGCUGAGAAGAUCCUGGUGCCGGUGGAGGUGAUCAAACCCAUCACGCUGAAGGCCAAGAACCUGCCCCAGCCUCAGUCGGGCCAGAGAGGCUACGAGUGCAUCCUGAACAUCCAGGGCAGCGAGCAGAGGGUGCCAGCCCUGAGGUUCAACAGCUCCAGUGUGCAGUGCCAGAACACUUCGUAUUCCUAUGAAGGGAUGGAGAUUAACAGCCUGCCAGUGGAGCUGACUGUCGUGUGGAACGGGAAUUUCAACAUUGACAACCCAGCACAGAACAAAGUUCACCUGUACAAGUGUGGGGCCAUGAGGGACAGCUGUGGACUCUGCCUGAAAGCCGACCCCGACUUCGAGUGUGGCUGGUGCCAGGGACAGAACCAGUGCACGCUGAAGCAGCACUGCCCAGCCCAGGACAGCCAGUGGCUGGAGUUGUCCAGCACCAAGGGCAAGUGCACCAACCCCAAGAUCACGGAUAUCAACCCGGUGACGGGCCCUCGCGAGGGAGGGACCAAGGUGACGAUCCGUGGGGAGAACCUGGGGCUGGAGUUCCGGGACAUCGCGUCCCACGUCAAAGUGGCCGGCGUGGAGUGCAAACCUCUGGUGGAAGGGUACAUCCCUGCAGAGCAGAUAGUGUGUGAGAUGGGGGAGGCCAAGCCCAGCCAACAUGCCGGAUUUGUGGAAAUCUGUGUGGCUGAGUGCAAACCAGAGUUCAUGGCCAGAUCUUCACAGCUCUAUUACUUCAUGACUCUGACUCUCUCUGACCUCAAGCCCAAGCGGGGACCGGUGUCAGGUGGCACCCAGGUGACAAUCACGGGCAACAACCUCAACGCUGGCAGCAACGUCAUCGUGACCUUUGGGAGACAGCCCUGCCUCUUCUACAGGAGAUCCACCAAGCACAUUGUCUGUAACACCACUGCCUCCUAUGAGGGCUUUGAGAAGGUGAAGGUGUCUGUGAGAGUGGACAAGGCCAAGAUACAUCAGGAGCUGCACUAUGAAUAUGUGGAAGAUCCAACCAUCCUGAGGAUUGAGCCUGAGUGGAGCAUCUUCAGUGGCAACACACCCAUUGCAGUGUGGGGAACUCACCUGGAUCUCAUCCAGAACCCUCAGAUCCGGGCAAAGCACGGUGGGAAGGAGCACGUCAACAACUGUGAGGUGCAGAACAGCACAGAGAUGACCUGCCAGGCCCCAGCCCUGGCUGUGGACCCCAAUCACCAGUCGGAGCUCGCCGAGCGCCCGGAGGAGUUUGGCUUCAUCCUUGACAACGUGCAGUCCCUGCUGAUCCUCAACAAAACCAACUUCACCUACUACCCCAACCCCAUCUUCGAGGUUUUCAACCCCUCGGGGAUCCUGGAGCUGAAGCCAGGAAGUCCCAUCAUCCUGAAGGGCAAGAACCUGAUCCCACCAGUGGCAGGAGGGAAUGCCAAGCUGAACUACACCGUUCUGGUUGGGGAGAAACCCUGUGCAGUGACUGUGUCAGAUGUGCAGCUGCUCUGUGAGUCCCCAAACCUCAUUGGAAGGCACAAGGUGAUGGCCCGUGUAGGAGGGAUGGAGUUCUCCCCAGGGAUGGUCUACAUCUCUCCAGACAGCCCUCUGAGCCUGCCAGCCAUUGUCAGCAUUGCCGUGGCUGGUGGGCUGCUCAUCAUCUUCAUCGUGGCCGUGCUCAUCGCCUACAAGCGCAAAUCCCGGGAGAGCGACCUCACCCUCAAGCGCCUGCAGAUGCAGAUGGACAACCUGGAGUCCAGGGUGGCUCUGGAGUGCAAAGAAGCCUUUGCAGAGCUGCAGACAGAUAUCCACGAGCUGACCAGUGACCUGGAUGGAGCCGGGAUCCCUUUCCUGGAUUACAGAACCUACACCAUGAGGGUGCUUUUCCCUGGCAUUGAAGAUCACCCAGUUCUGAGGGAUCUGGAGGUCCCUGGCUACAGGCAGGAAAGGGUGGAAAAAGGCCUGAAGCUCUUUGCCCAGCUCAUCAACAACAAGGUGUUCCUGCUGUCCUUCAUCCGCACUCUGGAGUCCCAGCGCAGCUUCUCUAUGAGGGACCGCGGCAACGUGGCCUCGCUGAUCAUGACAGUGCUGCAGAGCAAGCUGGAAUAUGCCACUGAUGUCCUCAAACAGCUCCUGGCCGACCUCAUAGACAAAAACCUGGAGAGCAAGAACCACCCCAAGCUGCUGCUCCGGAGGACAGAGUCUGUGGCUGAGAAAAUGCUCACCAACUGGUUCACCUUCCUUCUCUACAAGUUCCUCAAGGAGUGUGCUGGAGAACCUCUCUUCUCCCUUUUCUGUGCCAUCAAGCAGCAGAUGGAGAAGGGUCCCAUCGAUUCCAUCACUGGGGAGGCCCGGUAUUCCCUGAGUGAGGACAAGCUCAUCCGACAGCAGAUCGACUACAAGACACUGGUCCUGAGCUGUGUGAACCCCGACAACGUGAACAGCCCCGAGAUCCCGGUGAAGAUCCUGAACUGUGACACCAUCACGCAGGUCAAGGAGAAGAUCCUGGAUGCCAUCUUCAAGAACGUGCCCUGCUCCCACCGCCCCAAGGCUGCUGACAUGGAUUUGGAGUGGAGACAAGCAAGUGGGGCAAGGAUGAUCCUGCAGGAUGAAGACAUCACAACCAAGGUAGAGAACGACUGGAAGAGGCUCAACACCCUGGCACACUACCAGGUGCCAGAUGGAUCUGUGGUAGCUUUAGUCUCCAAGCAAGUCACUGCCUACAAUGCAGUCAACAACUCCACAGUCUCCAGGACGUCCGCCAGCAAGUAUGAAAACAUGAUCCGUUACACGGGGAGCCCCGACAGCCUCCGGUCCCGAACCCCCAUGAUCACCCCCAUGAUCAACCCCGACGUGGAGAGCGGGGUCAAGAUGUGGCACUUGGUGAAGAACCACGAGCACGGUGACCAAAAAGAGGGUGACAGGGGCAGCAAGAUGGUUUCUGAGAUCUACCUGACCAGACUUCUUGCCACCAAGGGCACCCUCCAGAAGUUUGUAGAUGACCUCUUUGAGACCAUCUUCAGCACUGCCCACCGUGGCAGUGCCCUCCCCCUGGCCAUCAAGUACAUGUUUGAUUUCCUGGAUGAGCAGGCUGACAAACACAACAUCCACGACCCCCACGUGAGGCACACCUGGAAGAGCAACUGCCUCCCCUUAAGGUUCUGGGUCAACAUGAUCAAGAACCCACAGUUUGUCUUCGACAUCCACAAAAACAGCAUCACAGACGCCUGUCUGUCCGUGGUGGCCCAGACCUUCAUGGACUCCUGUUCCACCUCAGAGCACCGGCUGGGCAAAGACUCCCCCUCCAACAAGCUCCUCUACGCCAAGGACAUCCCCAGCUACAAGAACUGGGUGGAAAGGUACUACUCAGACAUUGCCAAAAUGCCAGCCAUCAGUGACCAGGACAUGAAUGCCUACCUGGCCGAGCAGUCCCGCAUGCACAUGAACGAGUUCAACACCAUGAGUGCGCUCUCAGAGAUCUACUCCUACGUGGGCAAGUACAGCGAGGAGAUUCUCGGAGCCCUCGAUCAAGACGACCAGGCUGGGAAACAGAAACUUGCCUACAAACUUGAACAAGUCAUAACCCUCAUGAGCAUAGACAGCUGAGAACUGUCCUGCCAGGGCCACCCUGGGAGGGAUAAACCAAGUCGUGCCUCACUCAAGAUCAUCAUCUUUACCAAGUGCAAGUUUUGAUGGGCUGUAAGCAGAGUCACCCACACAGCUCCUCUCUCUCUCUCUCAUUCUGUCUCUUUCUCUCCCUCAUUUCUCUCUCUUUCCAAAUCUAUGGAUGAAGUGACAGAGCCCCAGGGGUUAAAGGAAAAGACUGCAGAGGAAUCUUGGCUCUGGGGCCAUGAGGACAUUCAGGUGGAGCUCUCCUUUUCACAGCUUCCCCUCUCCCUUCACCCUAGAGAAAAACUACUAAACACACAUAAAAAAACCCCCACAAACCGUCCCCCAACAUCUCAUCAUCACUCUGCAGAGGCGAAAUUGGGAGGUAACUUCUGUCAUGCUGCUUUAACUGCCCUCCAAGGGCUCGUAGCCCCUGGAGUGGACAUGGAAAUGAACUCAGUAUUACUCAAAGUCUCCCCGAGGGGAAGGCAGCUGCCUGCAGGGAUCCUGGAGGGCAGAGCAAAUCCAGCUCCUCUCCUGCAGAGCCAUCGCAGCUCUAUCUCCUGAGAGUGACCCACCGGGAGAGGAACCCCGAGGCUCCCUGGAAAACGCCAGAGUGGGACCACUGUGGCUCUGACCUGCCUGGUGUAGCUGCUCCCUUGGGGCAGGGAAAGGGUCAAGAGGGGAGGAGGAGACCAACCCUCCCCUGCCCAUGUGUUUCAUAUGGUUAUUCUUAUUUUUCCAAGAGACACGUGUCCUCCUCCGUCUUUCCCGUCGUGUCCUGUUGGUCAUAGCACUGCGGCAAAAAUGCUCUCUCUGCUCAGUGGCCUCCUGUCAGUAGUGGUUCUGCUCCUUCUGGCAAUGGACAGCACAGCAUCUCCCUUGUUCCCACCUCAGCUUGGAAAGCAAGAGCCACAGGUCUCAUUUUGUUCCAUCCUCAACAAAAAAACCCCCGCAAAUUAAAAAACAACAAACCAAACAGAGGGAUUUUUUUUUUUUAAAAGCUGUUAAUUCCUUCCAUUUUUUUUCCUCAACUGGAACAAAGGUGUUGUUUUUCAUGGUGGAAUAUCAGAAGGACACUGGAGGGUUUGCCAGGAACCAAGGUGGUGCACAGGACUGAUGGUAAAACUUUCCUUCCAAGCCACUCCUAAGAGGAAAUGUCACCACACGUUUUGGAAGAAAUCUUGGAGGAAAUCCGAAUGAAACAGUGCAAAAAAAUUCUUCUACCUGCAGCUGAACUCCAGGUCUUCUGUUAAGCCUAUCUGCCUUUUGGUGCCCGUUCCUAGCCUUUCCUCCUGUCCACCUCUGGAACCAACAGGCCUUGCUGAAGGAUUUUAUCUCUCUUUGCACUUCUUAUCCCUUCAGAGAUCACUGUUACCACGGGACAGUUGUAGGUGAUCACCCUGUCCCAUCCUCUGCUCAGCUCCUCCAGAACAACAUCUCAACCUGUUUCAUGGCCAACCAAAGAGGAAUGAACUCCUUCAUCUCCCCUGCCUUUGGCUGUUCUGUUCACACAGCCUGGAUAACACCGUGGUUAGAGACCCUCGGGGUGUAGAGAACCUUGUACACUGUGGAGGCAAGAGCUGGGUCUGCAUCCACCUCCCCAGCAACCAACAGAGCUCACUCACAGAUGGAGGAGUGGCUGGAGAAUCAACCCACAUUCCACUCAUCAUCCUCAGAGCUCCAGCCUGCAUCUACUUUGCACCUGGAGGGAGGAAGGGGUGAAGACAGGGUGUGUAAAUUCAUUGGAGAACGAGUGCAUUUGGGUUUAUUGAUGCCUUUUGCUGUCCAACCAGAACCUCCUCAGAGUGACAGACCACGAGUGCAUGGAAAAAUGGGGGGGUGGUGGGGUGCAAACAGGGGUCAGUCAGUGAGCAGGUUUCCCUCAGCCAAGCAGAUACACACAUAGGCAAGUGUUUCCAAAAACCAUUUCCGACAGCAGUCCCAAACUGGAUGUGUCUGUGGGGAGAACAUCACAAAAUUCACAUUGAAACAGCAAACUUAGGGACACGUCUUGGUUUUAAAACCCCAGACAUUUCUCUCUUGAUUCUGAUUAUUCUUAUUUUGUGUGUGUGUGUGUGUGUGUGUGUGUGUGUGUAUCUGUGUGUGCGUGUGUGUGUUCCUCCCCUUUUAAUUUUGCUUGCUUUCUGUUGGAUUGCUGAGCUGAUGGACUCAUCAUGCACCUUAUGGACAUCUCAGCAUCUUUAAGAGGCCUGUGCACAGGGGAUGGUUUGGGUUUGCUUGGUUCUGCCACGGUUUUUUUGCUCCAUUUGGUGACGUCGGCGCAUGUUCCAGAUCCAUUGAUUAUGGCUGUGAAAGUGGGCUUGGAAUUCCCACCAGAGCCAGUGGUAAGGAAGUGACAACAACAACGACACAAACACGAUAUUUUUUUAUAAGUACGUUAAAAAAAAAAAAAAAAGAAAAAAAAAGAAAAAAUUAAAAAUUUAAAAAAAAAAAAAGGAGAAGAAACCAAAGGUUUUGACAAACAAAGUGCCACAAAAAGAUAAAUAUGGACCCUAUUGUCAUGCCUUGUUCUCACAGCUGGAUGGUAGGAGUCUAAGGACAAGUAGCUGGCUUGGAGGGGAGUGGUGAUGGGUGAUGGGCAAUCCUGCCUGGACAUGUGCACAUGGAAGGAAGAAGAAGCUGUUUAACAUUUAAAAAAAAAAAAAAGGUAUCAAAAUGAACUGGUGUGAUCCUCCUGGAGUCGGAGGAACACCACAGGGGAAAUCUGUGAUCCUCCUGGAGUCAGGGGAACACCACAGGGGAAAUCUGAGACUCACCCAUGUUCUUUUCGCUGUUUUCAGGGCUGUGGUUUUGGUUUACUAUGGUUGUUUUGUUUGCCAUUGUUGUUAUUUUGUUUCUUCUUGCUGGUACGGAGUUUUUCAUCUGUAUAUUAUAUAUAUAUUUUUUGAGAAAAACUUGAACACCUCAGAGACACUGAGAAUGAAAACACUUAAAGGGAAUGGGAAGCACCACGAGAUUGGUGCCUUAACCCUUCCCAAGUUCCCAUUUAGGCAUUUCUGCUUUCUCUCCACCCUCUUCUUUCCCCCAUGCCCAGGAUUUGAAAGAAAAUCUGCAUUUUGCUUCUCUUUCAUCUCCUCCUUAUUAUUUUUUCCUUGUUUCUGUUUCUCUUUAUUUGGUGUUUGAGCUGGUUUUGGCUUUUUGCUUGGAAAAUGUGCCAGAAUUGUGAUGUAAAUGCGUGGGCUUCCUCCCCUGUCCCCUUCAGUGCCCUUCCCAUUUCCAACCACUGUCCCAGCAUCCCCCAAUCUAUGAGAGGUCUUGGCAUCUUUCUUCCCAGCCUCACCUGUUGAGCUUAACUAUUUUUUAAGUGCAUGUAAAAUACAACUAAAAACAAAGACACAAGCAGAAGAAUGAGCCCUACUACAACACGGAUGAGUUCUUUUCCUUUGAUUUCUUUUCCCCCACCUCCCUUUCCACACUUGACCAAAAAUUCCCUGAUAAAUUGGUAUUAUUCCACCCUGUUUUUCAAGCCACAUGGAGAGAACUGGAGCCAAAAUUCCUAGAAGUCAAUGGACAGGCUCUGAAUAUCCAGAAUAUGACAGGCUGAUCUUCAUGGGUGUUUCUCGAACGCUGCAGUCAAAUAAUUCAUGCUGACACUUUCAGCACCAUCAGAAAUGGGAAAAGGAAGUUCAUGGAGAUUCUCUGAGGUUCUACUGAGAGAGCCAAGAUUAUUGCUUCACUGCAGGGUUUGAUUUGGGGCUUUGUGCCUGGUUUAGAGGAAGAAAAGGUGAACAGUCCCUCUGCAGUCACAUCGUGUCCUCCCUGUCAGUGCCACAGUGAUCUGAGACAUAUCCAUCAUGCCACGUGCUUUUGCAGACUGAGCCUUCCAGGAAACACCAGGAAACAGUGUGGGAAAAGCUGGGUGUGUCUGGAAAGAGGUGUUAGAGAUUGUUUUCUCUGGAACAGACAGCACUCAAGAAUGAUGGAGAAGGAGAAAUGCAGCCACCCAAGGUCACCUUCCUCUCCCAACACAGAAUCACAGAAUCAUUUAGGUUGAAAAAGACCCCUAAGAUCAUUUAGGUUGGAAAAGACCUCUAAGGUCACGGAGUCCAAAUGCUAAAACUUUCCUCAGUCCUUCUCUUCCCACUCUUCAUUCCAUCCUGGACAUAUCUGAAGGUUCAGUCCAAUCCAGCAUAGACCAGCCUUGCUCCAGUAGAUAAGAGGACUUCCUUUUCCCACUGCAGUUGUCUUAUCUCACCUCUUUGACACUGAAGACCAUAAAAAUUAUUAAGUUAUGAAGAUUUACCAGCACAGUUUUGUUUGGUAUGUGCUUUGAUUGAAAAGCAAUUACCAAAGUUUGUAAAUCUCGUGCGUUAACCCCCAGAAACUGUUUAACAGGGAGGGAAAGAGACCAAGUAAAUCACAUAAUUGUCAUUAUUUUUAAUAAGGCUGUUGAAAAAAGAUAGAUAAAAUCUGAAGAGUCCAGUGGUCAGCCUCAGUGCUGAGUCAGCCAAGAUAAGUAUUACAAGUUCCUUCUAAGUCUGGGGUGCACGUGAGGUAACAACCCGAGCACAGAACAGCUGAUAUCAAGAGGGAAGUUGUUUAGAAGUAAGUCAAAACAUGAAAUGUAGGUCUGUCCUUCCCCAAGGCUUUAGUGAAGAGCUUUUCUUAGUGGGACAUACAUUUGUGUUUGAACAAGAGACACUUAAAAAUCAUAGAAUGGCUUGGGUUGGAAGGGGCCUUAAAACUCAUCUUGUUCCACUCCCCUGCCAUGGGCAGGGACACCUUCCACUAGACCAGGUUUCUCAAAACUCUGUCCAACCUAGUCUUGAACACUUCCAGGAAUGGAAGUCCUUAAGUCCAAAGGCAAUCUCAGACCAAAAAGAAAAGUCUGGCCUGUUGGAGAUGACCAGGACUAUUCUCUCAUAUCACCAGGGCUUCAGUAAAACAAGUCCUGCUUCACCCUUCCCAGCAGCCUGCAAAAGAAUUACCCGUGAAGCAGAGUCAUCUGAUAGUGUGGACACAUUUCUUGAUGCUGUAGAAGGAAUGAGGGAGAGGAGGAAAACUGAUCCUCCUUCCCGAAUUCCCGAGGUAGCUCCAGUGUGUAAGAGGUUUGCUCCUCCGUAGGAAUCUGUUGCUUUCUGUGGUGACCAUUGCUGAUGGGACCAGAUGAGCACUUUACUGGAACCCCAGCAGUCCCACCAAGGUGGGUUUUGUCCCUUUCUCCUCCCUGCUUCAGCACUGAGCUGCAGAGGCCAGACAGAGAGCACUGCAUGGAAAUGUUCAUUGUGGUUGGACCAGUUCGUGCAGGUUUUGGGUGGCUCACCAAAAAUUGCAUCCAGGAGCCCAGUUUCCUUAUCCCUCACUCUUGAAUGAGGAUAAGGAUAUAAAAAUCCAACUCUCAAAUCAGUGUUGUUUAAACCUCUGAGAUUCUGAGAACCACCCCCCUUCUGGGAUGAGCAGGGGAGCCCAGGAAUGGAUCUCUUUCCCCAAAGCAGGGAGUUAUGAUCAUUUAUGACCAGAGCAGAUUGUGUUCCUGUGUUGGCACCAGGGCAGCUGUUGGGUAAAGAAGUGUUGGCAUAGAAUUAUGGAAUGGUUUGGAUUGGAAGGGACUUUAAAUACCAUCUAAUUUCAACCCUCUGCCAUGGGCAGGGACACCUUCCACUAGACCAGGUUGCUCCAAGCUCCAUCCAACCUGGCCUUGAACACUUCCAGGAUGGAGCAUCCACAACUUCUCUGGGCAACAUAAAACCACCCACAGAGCCUUAGUGAUUCCAGGACAAUUUGCUCUGUGCAUCUGAUGAGUAGUAAGCUGUCCUCCAGGGCAGGUGGAGGUUUUAGGAUGUCCUAACUCUUCCCAUCCAGUCUUGGUCUGAUGAAACACGUGAACCUCAACCUCAUGGUGUGAACCUCAAACUUCUGGUCAUUCCCAGGCUGACUUUUCCUGCUUUGCAGCUCCCAUUUAAAAGUAUUGUUUGAUCCACAGACUCCUGCAGUUUUCCCUCACCCCUGCCACUGUGCAAAGCCCCUUUCUCCAAAAAACCCACAAUUGUGUUGUCUUACAGGGAAUAACUGUUUUGAGGAGAAUGCUUUGAAAAUGGAGCUUGUCAACCAUGUUUAUUUGGGAUGGCUCAGUUCACUACACUCUUAGAGAAGCACCCAAGGGGACACAGGCUUACAGCAAAAAAUUAAUUUGUAGAGAGAUGUCAAAAAUAAAAAAAAAAAAAA